AAAUAAUAUUUUGUAAACAAACACAUGUGAGACCGAAAUUUAUGACUAACGAGAUCGAAUAGUGAGACCGGCAAGAUUAAACAGCAUAUAUGAAUACUCAUUAAUACUGAUGUACUGUGAUCCAGUUUGACAAACAUGAAAUGAAUGAAAUCAAGGAUUUCAACUACACAACACCUCUAGAGUUGUUCAAAGAAAAGAAAGUUGUCAAGAUAUGUGCUCCUAUGGUUAGAUACUCCAAGCUUGCAUUCAGGAAGCUUGUGAGACAGUAUGAAUGUGACCUUGCCUUCACACCAAUGAUCAUAUCAGAUUCAUUUGUCAAGUCACUGAAGGCCAGAGACAGUGACUUCACAACUUGUAAAGAAGACCGUCCUUUGAUUGUACAGUUUGCUGCUAAAAAUGGAAAAGAAUUUGCAGAUGCUGCUGAAAUUGUUGUACCUUACUCUGACGGUGUUGAUCUGAACUGUGGAUGUCCCCAAAGAUGGGCAAUGGCAGAAGGAUAUGGUGCAUGUCUAAUAAAGAAACCAGAGUUGGUGAAAGAUAUGGUUAAUCAGGUCAAGUCAAGGGUCAACAAUGAAGAUUUUACAGUUUCCAUCAAGAUUAGGAUACAUAAUGACAUCAGGGAAACUGUUGAUAUGUGUCAGAAAGCUGAAAAAGCUGGUGUUUCCUGGAUAACAGUUCAUGGAAGGACCAAAGAACAACGAGGACAACCAGUGAACUUUGAAGCUAUUAAAACAAUUAAAGACAGUUUACAGUGUCCAGUUAUAGCUAAUGGUGAUAUUAAUUCAUUAGAAGAUGUUGAAAGAAUUGCAGAACUUACAGGGGUCAAUGGAGUGAUGGCAGCUCGAGGUAUAUUACAGAACCCAGCCAUGUAUUCUGGCUAUGACAGUACUCCAUUAGACUGUGUUCGGAAAUGGCUGGACAUAUCAACAUCUCUUGGAACACAUUACCGCUGUUUUCACAAUCAUUUAAUCUACAUGUUAGAGAGAGUACUACCACGGGCAGAGAGAAGAAUUUUUAAUGCCCUGGUUAGCUCUUCUGCUGUAAUGGAUUAUUUGAAGGAACAUCUUGACAUCUGAUGUCCCAUCCAAUUAACAGUUGGGUUACAGGUUUUCUGGCCAAAAUAUAUAACUGACUGGAGAAAUGUCCAACUACAAGAUUUCUGAGAUGGAGAGAGCAUUUCAUAGACGAAUUAAUGAAUAAGAAGUGAAAGAAUAAUAUCUGAAAAAAUAAACUAUUUAUUUUAUUUCACUUGUGAAACAGACAGCCAUAUGAACUGUAAAUGAAAUGUAGUUAAUUUAUUAUAAGCAAUGUAAGAAUAUCAGCCUUCAUUGUUUGAAAAUAAAAGCAUUGAAUAUA